CGUCGAGGUGGAGUGGUGGCGUUGGUUGUCGGCCAACAUGAGGAGGCAUCGGCGUCGGCUAGCGAAGUGGCGGCCGGAGCAGAGGACGGCGAGAAGGCAGGCAAGGAGGCACGGGCGUCGGAUAUUCAAGGGGCGGUCGGAGGAUAGGACGAUGGGAGAAGUCGACCAUGGAUGCGGAGGUGUUUGCAUCAGGUAAGCAGAGGCGACGAUGGAGUGGCUUCGGCUUCAGCACUCGCACUGGUGGGGGAGGGAGACCAUGCCCGGAGGAGGCAGGGUGAGUACGUUGUGCACCAGCGCCGGACGCGAGCACGCGCCACUGUGAGCUGUCCACCACUGCCAGUUGUCUCCGGCCUGCACCGUAAUAAAUCAAUUGAGUCCCGACCCGGAUUGGAAUUCGCUGCUAUAAGAAGGAAGUGUUUCUGGCCGGAAUCUCCAUCAGAAAAUCCAUCAAUUCCCAGAAUUCUGGGUCCAGAGAAGCAUCAUGUCGCCUUUGAGUUCGCCGAAGGAAGAAGCACCGAGUUCGUCGGAGGUAGAAGAACGUUUGUCGAGCCAUCCAAUAUCGCCGACGGUGGCUACACCAGAGGAGAACCGGUUGUGGACGAAGUGCAGAUGUUCAAAGUUUCAGUACAGCAGCUUCAUUUCGGUUGCAAAGCUUGCUUAAGUAACUUGGUUAGAAUGGUCCAAUAGUUCAUCAUCUCUGAGCGCUGCAUACAAAAAAUCAGGUUAUGGAUUUUGGUGGCUGUCUUUCUUAUUCUCAUAGCUGUUUGCUUAAUUUCUUUUGAUGAUCUCUUUACACGACUUUCAGAUUGAGCCCAUUUGCACCUGUCAAUCUUAUAGACAUAUAUGUGGCUGGCUACACCUAUCCCUUUACUACCACAGUUACCGUCUUAUUAUCUGUAUUAGCCAAAUUGUUCCAGGUCUUUCUAACUCUUUCAUGGACAUCUUCUAUGAACCAGAGCACACUGUUCUUGUCAGGGACCUUCCUAGCCCAUACAUAUACUGGGCUGGCCCUUGGAUAUCACAUGGGCCAGGCCUGCCUGUGCAUUACCGACUGCUACGGGCUACAAGUACUAGGAGAGGAAGCAACGAAGAAUCUAUCCAGUGGAUCAACAAACCGGCGGCGGU